GAGUGUCUGACCAAUUGCAUUCCACCAUUACCACUAACCCAAAGAAAAAGCGGAAGGCAAAAAAGUCAAAAGACCGCCACCACCUAGCGCGGAUCCAUCCUCCAACUUGAGGCCUUGAAGCUCAAGAUUUGUUCUUGAUCUCUGAAAAUCUACUUUGAUUGCUUGAGAAAUUUGUCCAAGGUACCCAGUUCAUCAAAAUGCACGAUUUUUGUUUUACGAUCCCUUAUGGUUUGAUCAUGGUUGUUGGAGGGCUUAUUGGAUACUUGAAGAAGGGUAGUACGGUUUCCUUGGCUGGAGGACUGGGUACAGGAUCUCUGCUCCUUCUUGCGGGUUAUGUGUCUCUCAAAUCAUUUGGAAAGCGAAGGAAUUCUUAUUUCUCCUUGUUUCUCGAGACAGGUUGUGCAUUCACAGUAACUUAUGUCAUGGGGCAGCGGUACAUCCAAACCUCCAAGAUAAUGCCUGCUGGAAUUGUUGCUGCUAUCAGUGCUUUUAUGGCUGGAUUCUAUGUGUACAAGAUUGCAAGUGGUGGGAACCAUUUUUCAUCCGAGUCUGAGUCCAAGUCUAAAUGAGUUUAAAGUUGAAAAUACCUUGUGACAUGAACUUCUAAAAUGUUGUAUCCAGUUACCUGAAUUGAUCCUGCUCUGUGUAAGUGAGGUGUUAUGUUUGUCUCUACGUGCAAAACUUGUUUCCAAGUUAUUUUUGUAAAAGAUUGAAUACUUCUCUAAUGCAUAACAGGUCUAACAAGAGUAUUAAAUUUGCUGAUAAAA